GUGGGGUCAGAUGGACGACUUGUGUUGCGUCCUCGAUCGUCGUUUAGUAGCGGUUUUAUAUUCAAGUUCCCUGUAUGAUAUAUAAAUAUCGCCAAAGAGAAGAUUACAGACUUGACUGCAUUCUUAUUACAGGGUGUGUUGCGUUGUGGUCAGGUUCUGUACUUGUAAAUAAAGCAAGGCGGUGUGAUCAGUGUGUACAGUGUGAUCUGCAGUGUUCAGAGCUUAACCAUGUUGUCAGAUUUUGAUCUGAUCGGAACUAUUGUUGACGACGCAGAUGUACCAGAAGAAGAGGAAUCGGGCUCAGAUGAUGAGGAGCAACCCAUCGUGUUGAGUAAGGAGAAGAGGGCGCUAAAAAGACGAGGCAAUGGAGACUUCAACGCAGACUUUGAGUUUGAAGAGAGAGAUGGGCUGUACAGUGGGGACUGGGCCAUGGCAGAUGUUAUGAGCCAACUUAAAAAGAGAAAAGCACCCACCACACUGGAUGAGAAGAUAGAGAAAGUGCGUAAGAAGCGCAAAAUUGAGGAGAAAGAGAAAGGAGGCGGCAAAAGUGGUUCAGCGACCAAGGAAAAGGAGGAGGGAGAGGAUGCUGAAGGUGAUAAUGAUGCUGAACAUGAUGAUGAUGUUGAUGGCAGUGAUGAUGCAGGUGAAGAUGGGGAGGAUCACACUGAUGAGGAUGAGUUUAAUUCUGGGGAUGAAGUUGUUCUCAAAAAAGCAGAUACAAUAAGAGAAAAAGGCAAGAAAGGAAAAAGAAAGGCAGCAGAAGAGCCUGAAGCCUUCUUUGAAGAUGCCUCGCAGUAUGAUGAAAACCUAACAUUCCCGGACAUGAAUCUGUCAAGACCACUGCUGAAGGCCAUCACCACCAUGGGCUUCAAGCAGCCUACACCUAUCCAGAAAGCGUGUGUUCCAGUGGGUUUACUGGGGAAGGACAUCUGUGCUUGUGCUGCUACUGGAACCGGUAAGACUGCAGCGUUCAUGUUGCCUGUACUGGAGCGUCUCAUUUAUAAGCCGAGAGAAACGCAGGUAACACGUGUCCUUGUGCUGGUACCCACCCGAGAGUUGGGUAUCCAAGUGCACACUGUAGCACGUGAGCUGGCUCAGUUCACCAACAUCACCACCUGCUUGGCUGUGGGCGGCUUGGACCUGAAAUCUCAAGAGGCGGCGCUGAGGCUGGGGCCUGACGUCCUGAUCGCCACGCCUGGCCGCUUGAUCGAUCACUUACACAACACGCCGUCGUUUGAGCUUAGUCAAAUCGAGGUGCUUAUUCUGGAUGAGGCUGACAGGAUGUUGGAUGAAUAUUUCGAGGAGCAGAUGAAGGAGAUUAUCCGGAUGUGCUCUUAUCAGAGACAGACUAUGUUGUUCUCUGCAACCAUGAGUGAAGAGGUGAAGGAUCUGGCCUCAGUGUCACUGAAGCAACCAGUGCGAAUCUUUGUGAACAGUAACACAGAUGUGGCUCCAUACCUCAGACAGGAAUUUGUAAGGAUUCGACCAGCCAGAGAAGGAGACAGAGAGGCUAUAGUUGCAGCGCUCCUCACACGCACCUUUCAGGACCAUGUCAUGUUGUUCACCCAGACUAAGAAACAGGCCCACCGCAUGCACAUCCUCCUCGGCCUCAUGGGGUUAAAGGUUGGAGAGCUGCAUGGAAACCUGUCUCAGACACAAAGACUGGAAAGUCUCAGGCGAUUUAAAGAUGAGCAGAUUGACAUCCUGGUGGCCACAGAUGUAGCAGCCAGAGGUCUGGAUAUUGAAGGAGUCAAAACAGUUAUAAACUUCACCAUGCCAAACACAGUGAAGCAUUAUGUGCACAGAGUGGGCCGCACAGCGCGAGCAGGGAAAGUAGGUCGCUCUGUGUCGCUGGUCGGAGAAACCGAGAGGAAGAUGCUGAAGGAGAUCGUCAGAAAAGCCAAAACUCCUGUUAAAGCUCGUGUUAUUCCUCAGGAGGUGAUUCUGAAGUUCAGAGAUCUGAUUGAGAAGUUAGAGAAGGAUGUAUAUGCCGUCUUACGUUGGGAGAGAGAAGAGAAAGAGAUGGUGCAUUCAGAAGCACAGAUCAGUGUGGCUCAGAAGAGGCUAACACAGAAAUCAGAUGAGAAACAACCAGCAAGGUCAUGGUUCCAAACCCAUGAGGAGAGGAAGAAGGAGCGAAUGAGCAAAGCACUUCAGGACUUCGACUUGGCCUUAAGGGGGAAGAAGAAGCGUGCUCAGUUCUUGAAAGACAGCAAGAAGAAAGUGUUGUCGGCUGAAGAAAGAGCUCAAUUUGAAAUGCUUAAGUCUCAGAUGUUUGCUGAGCGUUCUGCAAAACGUGACCGCAAGCCAAAGAGAGCCAGAGUAGUGCCAGAAGAUGAGCCCAAAAACACAGCCUCAAAACAAAAAGGUGGAAAACCUACGAAGAAGUCUGUGUUUGACAAGGAGCUCACUAACGUCAGCAAGAAAGUCCUGAAGCAAUACAGAUCCGGGCCUUCCUUUGAGGACAGAAAAAGACUAGGCCUUGCAAAUAAGAAAGGAGGACGCUUUAAAUCCAAAGCCAAGUUCAGGAGGAAGUGAUGCGUCAGAUAUGAAAAUCCUGUUCAAGCUCUUUCACACCGAUCUGUGGAAAUGUUUCCUUUGGGCUCAACAGCAAGAGCACAAUUUUGUAAUCAUCGUGUGUACAGCAAAAUCAAAUAUAACUCUUUGCUGCUUUGUCGGGGACGUUGUUAGAGCCGAUUCACAUGAAUGAUAGAAUAACUGAUAUUAGGAAGGUGUCGUUAUUCAUACGUUUUUGUUGCAUAAGCCAUGUAAAAAUAAAAACUACUUGUGUUUUUAUUGGA